AUGAAGCUCCAAACAAAUUAAAUUUGCAUCCUCCUCCUUAUUUUCAUGUUGCAAAAGGAAAUAAUAGGUCAAGUUUUAGUGGAUAUGAAGAAUGGACAUUGUGAUUGUGAGGAGUUGGAAAAUGAAUUAGAAUGCGUAAUUAUAUAGAAAUGCAAAUUUGAGAAUGGGAAAUGCAAAUCUCUUUCUUGUGAUAGUUUAUAAGGGAGUUUAUUAGCGGGUUGUUAUCUAGCAAAAGGAUAGGGAUGCAUACUUAACUUUUUAGAAGGAAAAUGCACUUAAUUUAAAGGCUGUUCCUCUUACGAAUACAAAACUCAAAAUGAAUGCAACUUGCUUCCUACUAAAUGUUAUUAUGAUUCAGAACUCAAAAGGUGUGAAGAUUAAACUUAGCUUCCCAGCUGCUCUGAGCAACUAUAAUCGGAGUGUUUUCAUGGAAAGGAAGGAAUUUGUGUUUUUAAAGAUGGAAAAUGCUAAGAGUUUACUAAAUGUGAAGAUGUAGAAAAGUCAGAUAAAAGAUGCUAAGAAGCAUAUCCAUCAUGCAAUUAUAUUAGUUUCAAUCUUUGUAGAAAUUAGAUUGGAGGUUGUAAUUAAGGCUCAUAAAGUAGUUGCCCUAAUAUGAGAGAAACAAUUAAUGGUGAGAAUUUCUUUCUUUGCGAAAGAAAAAUUGUAGAUGGAUAAUAAGCAUGCGUCGAUUGGGAUCCAUAAGAGCAAACUAUGGAUUCCUGCCUUUUUGAAUCUUAAUUUACACAUCAUUGGAAGGACGAUCAAUGCGUGAAAUGUUAACCAUCUAAUCAUAAUUCCAGCUUACGACUAGAAAUAGUGAUUAUGCUUUUGACGCUAGCAUUUUGAAAUUAAUAUUAUUAAUUGAAAUAACA